UCUAAAUGCAAAGUUGCCGGGAGUGAAGCUACAAAAGAUUCUUAUGUUAACAGAGUAUAAUUAAAACAUAUGUUGGGAAUCUGGAACGUAAAUGAUGUGUUGCCAUUAAUGAGACAAUUAAGCAUUAAUGCUGAAUGUUUAUACAAUUUUAAGUGACGGAAGGAUUUAAUCAAAAGAGGGAAACAGAAGUAGACUUCAGCGGCAGAUACGCUCAGGAUGAAAAGAAAACGCGUAUUUCAGUCGACGGAUGAACGAAAAAGUACAAAAUCUUGUGAAAAAGAUAUUUUUAUUGACAGAAGAAUUUGGACUAAGGCAGAGACCAGAGCAUUUUUGAAUGCGUAUAUUUCUAGAAAGGAUGAAUUUCGGAAUGUACGGCAAAAAAAAUUUGCUAUGCAGAAUGUUUUGUCUGAUUUAAAGAGUCAAGGUGUUUUGUACCAGACUACAACGGUGGAUAUGCUCUCAACAAAACUUAGAAACUUGGUUAAAGCAUACAGGCAAAGUACUGGCAGCAUCAAACGAAAGUUUGCUGUUCCCUGUAUAGCUCCGUUUAUGGAUUUGAUGGAUGAAAUAUUUUCCAAUAAUGCACGUGUAUCCAAGACCCGCUCCAUUAUGUCUGGACAACCGCCUAACAAUACCAUCUCAUUAAAUGAAAUGGAUCAAACAAAUUUCCAUCUGGGAGCAGAAUCGGAAGAAACCCAUUUCCGAGAAAAGCAAAUUUUUAGUAACAGGAGAAUAUGGACCAGCGAAGAGAUCGAAGCAUUUUUAAAUGCCUAUAUUUCCAGGAAGGAGGAAUUUCGAAAUAAACGUAAAAAGAAGUUUGCAAUGCAGAAUGUGCUACAUGACUUGGAAAUACAAGGUGUUUUGAGCCAGCCUACAACGGUAAAAACACUCUCAACGAAGUUGAAAAAUUUGAUCAGAGCUUACAAGUAUGGUAUCGACAAUAACAGUCGGACAAAUUCUUCUUGUGAAACUCCGUACGCAGCUUGGAUGAAAGAAAUUUUUGCAGAUGAUCCAAAUAUCUCCAUAAACAUCCCCUGCAAUUUGUAUGAGCAAUCAACGAGUAAUACGCCCACAAUAACCGAAGAGCAGUUAUUAUCCAACUGGGGUACAAAUGUAGAAAUAGACUAUCAAAAAUUCUCGCGACAGUCCGCUAUCUGCAAUCGGGAUAAAUACGGAAACGGGCAAGGGAAGAUAACUUCCCCAAAACAAUUGGUCACAUGUUCUACACCAUUACCACAACAACAUCGGCCAGCGAUGAAGUCAAUAGAUAAACUACCCGAAAAAACGCAAAGGUUUAAUGACAGGAGAAUUUGGACUAAGAGGGAGACCAGAGCAUUUCUGAAGACAUAUAUUUCGAGAAAGAGAGAAUUCAGAAAAGUAAGAAAAAAGAAGUUUGUUAUGCAGAAUGUACUACAAGACUUGCAAAGAAAAGGCGUUUUGAGUCAGAAUACAACGGUAGAUAUGCUCUCAACAAAAUUGAAAAACUUGGGGAGAGCAUACAAGCAAGCCAUCGAAAAUAGCAGACGAACGAAUACUCCCGUGAUAGCUCCGUUUGGGAGUUUGAUGGAAGAAAUUUAUAAAGAUUACUCAAUCACUUGCAAUAAUCACACAAUAUCCAAGAAACAUCAAAAUAUUGUAAAAAAAUCACAAACAGCUGACAAGAGAAUAUGGACUAACGAAGAGACCGAGGCAUUUUUACAUGCCUACAUUUCAAGAAAGGAGGAAUUUCGGAAUGUGCGUAAAAAGAAAUUUGCUAUGCAGAAUGUUUUGUCUGAUUUGGAAAGCCAAGGUGUUUUGAGCCAGACCACAACAGUGGACAUGCUCUCAACAAAAUUUAGAAACUUGGUUAAAGCAUACAGGAUAAGUAUUGGCAAUACUAAACGAAAGGCUGCCGUUCCCUGUAUAGCUCCGUUUACGGAUUUGAUGGAUGAAAUAUUUUCGAAUAAUGCUCGUAUAUCCAAAGCCCACUCCGUUAUGUGUGGGCAAUCGCCGAACAAUACGACCUCAUUAAAUAAAAUUAGCCAAACUUAUUUCCGUCUGGCGGCAGGAUCAGAAGAGAAACAUUGCCAAGAUAUGCAAAUAUUUAGUGACAAGCGAUUUUGGACUAUUGGUGAGACCGAGGCAUUCUUAUGUGCAUAUAUUUCUAGAAAGGAUGAGUUUCUGCAUGUUCGUAAAAAGAAGUUUGCAAUGCAGAAUGUGUUACUUGACUUGGAGAGCCAAGGAGUUUUGAGACAACCUACAACUGUACAUAUGCUCCAAACAAAAUUGAAAAAUUUAGCCAGAACUUACAAGCAAAGCGUCGAGAAUAAAGUGCGUGACAGUGAUAGUUGUAGUGGGCCAUGUGCUGAUUUGAUGGAGGAAGUAUUUGGAGGGAAUCAAAUUGCCACCAACGAACACAUUAUUUACUUGUAUGGUCAACCAUUGAGCAAUACAUCCAUAGUAGAUGAGGAGGAGUCAUAGGUCAAUUGUUUUAUAUACUCCGUGAAAACAACAACAACAUAUACAAGACAUAUAAUAUUAGAAAAAGAAAAAAUAAUUAGCUGAAGAACUAGACAAAGUAACGCCACGCUUGAAUUAUAUGUACUUGAUGGUUGUUGUUAUGUAGUAAUUAUAUCAUGUAAGGUUUCAACGUGGUAUUUUCCUCAUUUACCGUUAAAAAUUAAAAUUUGGAUAAUUUUUUUUAUUCCCUUUGUAAUUCCGAAAAUUUUAAUUAAAAAUAAUUUUUAAACUUUUAGUCCUAA